GUGUGUGUGUGUGUAACGGAGCAGCAGCAGCAGCAGCAGCGGCCACAUCACACAGCUCUUCUCCUCCGCUACAUUGUCGCCGCUCUGCUUUCAUCUCGCGCGGGGACGUAACGGAGCGCGAGGCGAGCGGGGGGACAUUGUGCGCGCGAGCCGUGCCGUGUCUCGCCACUGAGCCGUUUAAAGCCGCGUUUUCUGUUUCAGCGUCAUUUUGUUUUUGGUUUUUGUUUUUUUUUUUCCCUCUGAAGCUCGCAGCUCCUUCAACUCCACUGAGCUGGAGAGUUAUUAUUAUUAUUAUUAUUUUUACUUUAUUUAUUACUCUUUUUUUUUCUUUUUCUUUUUUUCAUUCUCCAGCCCUCAGUCUCCGGGAGGAUCACGAGGCGGAAAUAAAGUUUAUAAAUGGUCAAGUCAAAGUCGAAAGUGGAGGCUGUAGUGGAGUUUGACUACCAGGCCCAGCACGAUGACGAGUUGACCAUCGCCAUCGGUGACAUCAUCAGCAACAUCAGGAAGGAUGAGGGGGGCUGGUGGGAGGGCGAGGUGGACGGCCGGAGGGGCCUGUUUCCAGACAACUUCGUCAGGGAGAUUAAAAAGGAGGUGAAGAAGGAGCUCAGCUCGGCCUCCCAAGUGGCCAAAUCGGAUCUGUCCAACGGCAGCGCCAGUCCCGGAUCAGAAUCCAGCCUCAGACCAGCCAAGAAAGGAGAGGCCAUACGGAAGAGACGCUGCAAAGCCGCCUUUAGCUACAUCCCGCAGAAUGAAGACGAGCUGGAGCUCAAGAUCGGAGACGUCAUCGAGGUCCUGGGAGAGGUGGAGGAGGGCUGGUGGGAAGGAUGUCUCAACGGCAAGACCGGAAUGUUCCCUUCCAACUUCACUGUACAGCUGCCGGCCGACACGGAGGAUCUGACGUCCCCACCUGAGGACACACGCAGCACACGGACCAGUGUGAAGGACAGCACGGGCUCGGAGAGUGACGGAGGAGACAGUAGCAGCAUUCGUUCAGACGCAGGCAGCGUUGCCUCCAGCAGCGAAAUUCAGCCCAAGAAGGUGCGCGGCUUCGGAUUCGGAGACAUCUUCAAAGAUCAGCCCAUUAAGCUCCGCCCACGAUCCAUGGACCUCGACAGCGAACUGGAGAAGCUGACAGUGAAGAAAGCAGCGCCGUCUGUUCCUCAGGAAACCAUGAAGACGGAACCUGAAAACAAGGCCAAAGUGAAGGAGCUCUGUAAAGUGUUAUUCCCGUACGACGCCCAGAACGAGGACGAGCUGUCAAUCAAGGAGGGAGACAUCGUUACCAUCGUCAGUAAGGAGUGUGCCGAUGCAGGCUGGUGGCUCGGCGAGCUGAACGGUAAACAGGGUGUGUUUCCCGACAACUUUGUGAAGCUCUUUGUUCCCGAGGUGGAGAAAGAGAGGCCUAAGAAACCGCCUCCUCCUGCAGCACCCACUACUAAACCCAUCACAGACAAAAAGCCAGAGGUUAAAAAGGUUCCUCCCGAGCGGCCCGAGUCUCUUCCGCAGCGAGCCGAGGAGAAAGGUGAUGAAAUCAAGUUGGUUGAGUUCCAGAAGCCGGUGCUUCCCAUCUUUCCACCGAAGAAGCCUUUACCCCCGAAGAGCAACAACUCCCUGACCCGACCCCCUAAACGACCCGAGCGACCCGAGAGACCCGAGAGACCGGCCGCGCCCAGCGCACAGUGUGACAGUUCUGGUGUAGCUUCAGAUCGGACGUCCUCAGACAAAUCAGCUGAAAUCGAUAUAGACGACUUCGACUCCAUCGUCUCCUCCACAGAGAAGCUGAGCCACCCCACUGCCUCCAGACCUCGAGUCACAGACCGCCGACCUCGCUCUCAGAUCUUCACAUCUUCCUCUCUCUCCAGCUCUGACCUCCUGGACUCGCUGUCUCCGGAGGACGAACAGAGAGAGAGGGAGAAGGGGAAGGACGAGCCGGACUCAUUCCCUCCCAGAUCUCUCGACAACACCAGGAAGAUGCCCAAGGCACUGCCCAUCAUCACAGCUCCUGAGAAGUCCUCCAAACCCUCAUCUCUGACCACAACUCCAGGUGCCGCUGCCCUCAGGCCUCACUCUCCCUCCAUUGAGGCCAAGAUGAAGAGCGAGCAAGGUUCCACCGUGCUGGAGGAGCUCAGAGCUCAACUACGAGAGCUGAGGGCCACCGUGGAGCUGAUGAAGAGCCAGCACAAACAAGAGAUGAAACAGCUUGUGAGCGAACUAGACGAGGAGAAAAAGAUCCGCUUAUCCCUGCAGAUGGAUGUCGAGAACAUAAAGAAGGUUCUGUCCAAAUGAACGCACGUGAUGCGGAAGUGGUUGAGGUUGGAAGGCAGAAACUCCGAACGCCUGGCAGACGGAUUUGUGCCAAAAGAGAAAAAGAACAAAAAACACGCAAGAAGAACAGCAGCAUAGAGAAAACAAACGAAUGCUUCCCUCACUUCCAGAUUAUUUUUUAUUUUAUUAUUUUCCAUCGUGUUGAGGAGGAACCCAUCUUCUCCCGGUACUGCGUUCCAUCGAGCGACUCGACACUUUAAGCGACGUGAAGGAGAACCCGCUGCGUUUGCCUUCAGUACGGUUCACUUUAAGUUCUUUUCUUUGCCUUUACCUUCGUGGCCUUUCUUUUUAUUUUCCUCGUCGUUAUCCGUGCGGCUGUCGCUCUCCUCUCGCCCACGCUGAGGCCUUCUUUAUUUCUAAUAAAAUCAUGUCUUUUCUUUCUGACUUUCAUCUGCGAUAAGGAGAAAAUGCACAUUUUGUUUUCUUGAUGCUGUUUCUUCUUUUGAGAAAGUCUUAUAUAAACUUUUAUAUUUUAAUGUACGGAAAAUGCAUUUAUGUGUGCAAAUUUUAUUAAAAAAGAAUAUUCCAAAAUAA